UUAUAUACACAACUCUCACUCUCAACAAAACAUGGGCGCCGGUGGCCGUUCGAAUCCUCAUGACGACGAGUCCAACGUUGUCAUCAAAAGAGCACCAACCACAAAACCACCAUUUACAUUAGCAGACAUCAAGAGAGCCAUCCCACCUCAUUGUUUCGAAAGAUCCAUGAUCAAAUCAUUUUCAUAUCUUCUAGCUGACCUUACUGCAGCCUCCAUCUUAUACCUCCUAGCCACCGUUUUUAUCCCGCGCCUCCCUUAUCCUUUUUCGUAUGUUGUCUGGCCGCUCUACUGGUUCCUUCAAGGUUGUGUGUUCAUGGGCAUUUGGCUCAUUGCUCAUGAAUGUGGUCACCAUGCUUUUAGUGACUAUGCAUGGCUUGAGGAUACUAUAGGGUUUGUCUUACAUUCAUGCCUUUUAACCCCUUACUUUUCUUGGAAAAUAAGCCACCGUCGACACCAUGCUAACACCGGCUCACUUGAUCGUGACGAGGUUUAUGUUCCUAAGACGAGAUCCACACUUAAUGCGACGGCUUUUUACCUAGACAACCCGAUUGGUCGAACGCUAACUCUUAUUGUCAAACUCACUCUUGGUUGGUACAUUUACUUGUCUAUUAAUGCUGCUGGAAGACCUUAUGAUAAAUUCGCUAGCCAUUAUGAUCCUAGAAGCCCGAUUUUCAGUGAUGGUGAGCGCGUGCUUAUUCUCAUGUCUGAUAUCGGGCUUCUGGCCUUUUCUUAUGUUUUAUACAACGUCGCGAUGAUUCAAGGAUUCGCGUGGCUUUUCUUUGUCUAUGGUGGCCCGUUGAUGGUCAUGAACGCGUUUCUUGUGACCAUUACUUACCUUCAUCAUACUCAUCCUUCUUUGCCUCACUUUGCUGACUCUGAAUGGAACUGGAUGAAAGGUGCAUUUGCUACUGUUGAUAGGGAUUAUGGAAUUUUAAACAAGGUGUUUCAUAACAUUACUGAUACUCAUGUGCUACACCAUUUGUUCUCUUACAUUCCUCAUUAUCAUGCUAUGGAAGCCACCAAAGCGAUCAGGCCGAUUUUGGGCGAGUUCUAUCAAAGUGAUGACACUCCGUUUUUCGUCGCGUUAUGGAGAGAAUCCAAGAACUGUCUGUUUAUCGAGCCCGAUGAGAGUGAUGAGAAGAACAAAGGUGUUUACUGGUACAGCAAUAAGUACUGAUCGAACAAGAGAACAAAUGAGUACGUCAAGAUGGGAUGUUGUUAUUAUCUGAGUUGGUUCAGAUGUUGUUGUACAACGUUAUUGUUAUAUAAAUUAAGCAAACU